GGAUACAAAGUGCAAACUCACGUUUGCAGCGAGUAAACUCUAGAUCCAAACACGGUGGCUCUCGCCGCAAGGGUUUGAAGAGAACGGCGCGGCGCGGCGCGGCGGUUCUGCGACUGAGAGGGAGGGAGAAAAUGCCGCAAAGGAAGUUCUACUGCGAUUACUGCGACAAGCUAUUCCAAGACACGCCAGGCGAUCGGAAACGCCACGCUCGAGGCAUUCAACACCAACAAGCCAAAGCUCGCUGGUACGAUUCCAUCAAACAACAAGAAUUUCAACAACAACAACAGCGUCUUCUACCACCACACCAUCAACAACCCCUUUGCUUUCACUUCGUCAACACGGGUUUUUGCCGUUACGGCGAUUCGUGCAAUUACAUUCAUCCCAAUGCCAAUAAUAUGCAGCAGCAGCCUGCAAUAAUAAGCACACAAGGGAAUGUGGUGAGAGAUAGCAUGGGAAUGGGAGUUUCGUGGGGGAAUUUGCCGCCGUCGCUGCAGCCUCCGCCUGAGGGAGGAUAUCCCCCUCUUCCCUUUGUGGAUUGGGGGUAAAGAGAAGAAUCAUAGCAGAGGCAAAGAAGGGUUAGGAGUUAACAGUUAGUAACUACUUUCUGUUGUGAGUGGUUAUUGUUUUCUUUCUGGUUUCUGUUAAGCUAGUUUUAGUCUUGCUUUCUUGCACUAGAAUCAUGUACUGUAGUAUAUAUAGAAUAGUCAUGUAUAGAAAUCAGUUGAGUUGAGUAAUAAGAAUUUUCUUAUGGAGACUCACAUGGAGUUUUCUCCUAGUUUCAUGGAUUGUUAUCUUGUAGCUUCCACCAUUGUUAAUAGAUUGUACUUUAGCCC